AUGCCAUCACAAGAAGAAGAGGUUAUCGGCGAUGAGGACUCGUCGGACGAAGAUGACGAGGAAGUAAAAGCGGAUGACAGCAAAAAAGAGGACAGCAAAAAGGAAGAAGCCAAACCACCGCCGGCAAAUCCGUUUGGAGAUGACAGCGACGACGACUCGAGUGAUGGCGGCGGUGAAAAGAAGAAGCAGGCAGAACCCGAAAAGAAGAAAGAAGAAAAAGACCCAUUUGCCGAAGAAGGGGAGAGUGAUGACAAUGAUGAUGACAAUGAGAAGAAGAAAAAGGAAUCCGAAAAAAAAGACAAAACGAACGACUCGUCGGAUGAUGACGAUGAUGAUAUUGAAGAAGCCGAAGCCGAACGCAUCGGAGCCGACGAUGCGCAAGUCGACGAACUCUCACCCAAACAACCGACCGCUCCCAAAAUUGAUCCCCGGACCAUGGUAGUACUCGAACCCACACGACCUCCCGAAGAUACCACGUUGCACGUGACCAAAUUACCCAAUUUGGUCGGCAUUCAACCAGAUGCCUUUGAUCCCGCCACGUAUUCGGCGCGAGCAGAAGAAGAAGAGUACGGUCAUGUGUUGGAUAUGAUGCGAUGGCGGUAUAAAAAAGACAAGGAUGGUCAAAUGAUGCGCGAUGAACAAAACGGCAAAUUAAUACGAGAAUCCAAUGCGAGACUCAUUCAAUGGGAAGAUGGAUCGUAUACACUGCAUGUGGGAAAAGAAGCAUUGCAAGUGGAUAGUGUCGAUUCGUCCAAGAAGAUGGGACAAAUGAAUGUCCUCACGGGACGUACUGCCACAUUUGCCGGUCUCAAUGGAUAUCUGUACUUGUCCCAAAUGGCCACCAAUCGAGAACCCAAUGACGAAGAAGAAAAAGAAGGCGACACUAAUAAACCAGAAAAGGAGACGCCCGCUGGAACUGUCUUGGAAUGUAUGGGGAGUGUCGGUAGUCGCAUGACGGCUCGACCAUCGUCAUUGGCGAGUGAAGCCCACAAGAGUCUCACCGUGGCGGUUCGACAGCGGACCAUGAAACGGGCCAAGAUUGCACAGGUCAUUACGCAAUUGGAUCCCGAAAAGGAAAAGGAAAAGAAAAUUCAACAAAAGAUGCAAUUCGAAAAGGAACAGGCGCGAAAGAAGAACUAUGGGGAUGGGUACUCUAGUCGUGCACGCAGUAAUCGUCCUCGCAUGACGAGUCGGUAUAUGGAAGACGACGGAGACUAUGAUACCAUUGGUUUAGGAUCCUUGAAGAAGCGGACCAUGAACAGUGAUGAGGAAGACUUUGAUGAUUACGCGGAUGAGAUGGACGAUGAUGAUGAGGAAGAAGAGACAUUCAAUCGAAAGAGACCCAAGAAACGCGCGGGGGCAUCCAACCGCAAGAGCCUGGACAGUGAUGACGAUGAUGACGACGACGAUGCAGCUGCGGAUGGCGGAAAGGAUGAUUCGGACGAUGACCAAGAAGAAGAUGAUGAAGUCAUUACGCCGGUCAAGAGCAGCAAGAAGCGCACUCAUCAGGCUGUGUUUGACGAUGAUGACAGUGAUGAUUGA